AAUUCAAACUAAUCCAAAAAGAAAAAUAAGCAAAACGAAAAGCAAAUUCUCCUCCUCAAUUUUCAUCGCCUUCUUUACGUGUCUUCAUCACACGUGCUCUCUCAUUCCAUAUCCUUUUGCUUCUCACAUUUUUGCUUCUUAAUUCACCUACGAAGAUUCCGAUUCAGAUUCCGGUCAAUUCUCGCCGGUAAAUAUCUCAGACACCGGCGAAUUUUAUCUUCCCUCGAUCGCAAUGAAUCCCGAGUAUGACUACCUCUUUAAGCUUUUGCUCAUUGGUGAUUCUGGCGUUGGGAAAUCAUGUCUUCUUCUGAGGUUUGCCGACGACACAUACCUGGAAAGUUACAUAAGCACUAUUGGAGUUGAUUUUAAAAUCCGGACAGUAGAGCAAGAUGGGAAGACUAUAAAACUUCAGAUUUGGGAUACAGCUGGACAAGAACGCUUUAGGACCAUCACUAGCAGCUAUUAUCGUGGUGCCCAUGGCAUAAUAGUUGUGUAUGAUGUGACAGAUCAAGAGAGCUUCAAUAAUGUAAAACAGUGGCUGAGUGAAAUUGAUCGUUAUGCUAGUGACAACGUUAACAAAAUUCUUGUCGGGAACAAGUCUGACCUUACUGCAAAUAGAGUUGUCUCAUAUGAAACAGCUAAGGCAUUUGCUGAUGAAAUAGGUAUUCCAUUCUUGGAGACCAGUGCUAAAGAUGCUACGAAUGUAGAACAGGCUUUCAUGGCUAUGACUUCUGCUAUCAAAAAUAG